AAAGCAAUUCGUUAAAUUUGUUUGGUUUGGUCACGUAUUCACAAUUGGUGACGCGCUGACUAAACUGUCUGGACAUGUGGAAAGUUGUAAAAUUCAAGGGGAAAUUUGGGUAUAAAAUGUGGUCACUUCUGUCUCACAAGUCAUUCACAACUUGGAAUUCUCUAAGCUACAAAGGAGGCAAUUAUCUACCAAAUAUAGCGAUUUAUAUAGUAGCGAUUAUACAGUAGUGCCAAAAUUUUUGUAUAAUUUUUUAAGAAAUUUAAAAAAUAAAAUGUCUGUCCGGUUUAAUAAAGUUCAGUUUACGAAUUUUGUCAUGUUUAGUAAACAUUAAUCAGAGGUGACAAAUCUCAAGUGACAACUAAAUAAAUAUAAUUACUUAAUUCCACUGCCAUAAAUCUGUGAUUUUAAAUAUUAAAAUAAUUUUGUUUAAUUAAUAAUUUGAAGAAAUACAAAUGCUAAAAAAUACUCGAUUUUUCCAAAUCGGCUCGAAAGGAGUGGUCGAAUACAAUAAUGACAAAUAUAUUGGGUCCAAAGCGUCCUUUAAUUCGUAUAUUGAAGGAUUUGCAAAAUUCAAGUUGGACGAUGACGAAGAUGAAGAAAAGUCGGAAGAAGGAAUCACGAUUCACGAGAAAAGUUCGGGGUCGAAGAGUUAUAAAAAAGUGGAAAAAUUUGAGAAACCCAAAAGUUCGAAAAUUCCUUCCAAACCGGACAAAGUUAGUCAAACAGCGCUUCAAACAUUAAGGCAGCUCGGGAAGGGGAACAAUUUAGAGAAAUUUUUGGAAUCUCACGGUUUAUCAACAUCUGCGGGAGGAGCUAAACAGCUGAAGGACGCGUUCGAUAAGUUCUUAUCGAAGGAGGAGGAAAACAAUGAAAUUUCGAAAUGGGCCACGCAAUUAGAAAACCUAAAUUCCCUCCGGGACGAAAAAGAGUUGAGAAAGUGGUUGGAAUCCCGUGGCGUCCCUGCAGCGAAUGUUUCCGUCCCCGCGGUGCAGAAAGAGUUGGAAAAAUAUUUUCAAAAUUAUCAACCCGUUACUAAAAUAAGAAAUGAUGUACGUCCAAAAAUCGGCCAACCAACUUGGGGAAAGCGAUCUGAACGAAGUGAAAAAUCUGACAAGAAAAGUUUAGAAGUUUCUGAAGAAAAAGAAAAACCUAAAAAUGUCACAAUUUCAAAAAUGAGACAACUUUUGGAAAGCGAAGAUUUUUUGAAGAUUGACACAAUUGUUCCGGAAACGAAGAAAGUUAAAACUUGUCGAGAUUUCGGACCUUGCAUGAAAUUGGAGGAGUUUAAUGGGAGAUCAAUUUUGUUACAAGAGGACACUUUGGCAAAUAAGGUUUGGGAAGAGUUUAAAGGAAUGAGCGCUCCCAAGCAGAUCGCAGUUGUGGUUGGGAUAACUGUGGUCACAGCCGCGUUGGGAUUCGUAAGUUGGAGAAUCCUUCUGCUCGCCUUUCCUACCGCAUUCCAAGUUAACCAUUAUUGGGGCGAGGUUUUGGCGCAGUGGUUCAUCCAACGCCAAGAGUCAACUUUCCACCUGCUGCAACACACGGCUAUGAAUUCAAAACCUCUUUCGACCGCUUGGGCGAAUCAGUACCUGCUCUGGAAGUAUGUUUAAUUAAUUAAGACCUUAAUUAACUAUGAAAAUUUAAAGUUUAAUUGAGAAAAAGUUAAUAAAAUAAUUGGACAAUUUAAACUUUCA